UUAAGCUGCAUGAGAGACGGGCACAGCGGGCUGGAGCGAGUAUUGUUUUGGCGUUACAAGGCAACAACCGCCGCGGAAGAACCGCCUAGCUGAUUUCGUCAUUGGCUCCUGGGAUACCGUUUGACUCCAGUUCCCCGCCUCCCAUUGGUGCCAAAGCACAGCAGUCAGCUACGCUGGACUUCCCUUGCUGCAACUAACAAGAUGAAAAUGCGUGAGAAACUUCCCGGACAGCCCGCAGGCUGUGUGUAGAAGAAAGCUUUCUGAGGGACUGUGGCGUGUGUGGAUGUGUGUGUGAGGGGUUUAGUUCGUGACUCAUUUGUCCGGAAAAGUGCGUGAGUGGCCGGUCAGCAUCAAGUUAAAACGUAUUCCGCGAGCUGCAGGUAUCUUGUUUCCGUCGCCCUGGAAUGCUGUGCUGCUGCUGAUGCCAUAUUAGAAAAGCAGCAGGUGCGUCGAGAGGAUUGUUCUCGAUCAAGAAAAAAGCGAUACAUUGAAUGUUGAAUCAGCUGCUCUACGCCCGCGGUAGCGUCAGACCAUGACAGUCCCAGUGCAGUGACAGGGGCUGGCGAACGCUUAAGAUAAACUUGAAUCGCCGCUUGGGUAGUCGGCGUUCCUCGUGUGGAACUGUUGAGCACCAGGUGUUUGUUUAGGGUUGCUCUGUGUCUUCCUUAUUACAAAUGUAUGGAUAUUUCUAUGGUAUCGAAAUCGUGGAAAUUUCAUUGCUACUGACGUGUUUUGACGUGCUGCUGGCUUGGUGUCAGCUAGCAAUUGCUCCUGCAUGCGUCUGCUUCACGCGGCUUGACACGCACUGUCUUGCUUGAGAGAGGUCUGUGCUAUAUCUCAACAGCCGCAGCCGACCUUGACGCUCCGCUGACCGCUCGGAGGAGCUGGACGAUGAGGGUGAUAUCCGCGCCGCUUCCUGCGGGCUGCUGACCAAGAGAUGUUAACCGAACUCAGCGCGCGCAUUGCCUUUCCGUCCGUCCCGGCAGCAGGAUCGUGUCCUAAAACCGGAGAGAAACUGUUCGUCCACAAAAGCAAAUAUUUCGCCGACAUCCUUUAAGUGUAACGAGGUGAAAACCACCGACGGUCAUGUCCAAAACACUGAAGAAAAAGAAGCACUGGUCUGCGAGAGUGCAGGAGUGCGCGCUCUCAUGGGGUAGCGCCGGGGAGCUGGCCUCCUUCGUGGAGGUGCGAGGGGGCGCCGAGCGAGGGGAAUUUCCUUAUCUCGGAACUGUGCUGGCGGAUGCGAUGGUUUGCCAUGUCGGCAGAUUCCCGAGCCCUGGAGAUGUGCUGCUGGAGGUCAACGGCACUCCCGUCAGCGGACUGACUAAUCGGGACACCAUUGCUGUGAUCCGCCACUUUCGAGAGCCUGUUCGACUUAAGACUGUGAAACCCGGUAAAGUUUUGAACACUGACCUGCGUCACUACCUGAGUCUGCAGUUCCAAAAAGGCUCGUUGGACCACAAGCUGCAGCAAGUCAUCAGAGACAAUCUGUACCUGCGUACGAUACCAUGUACCACCAGGCAGCCUAGAGAGGGGGAGGUGGCUGGGGUGGACUAUAACUUCAUCAGCGUGGAGGAGUUCCGCAUCCUGGAGGAGAGUGGGCAGCUCCUGGAAAGUGGCACAUAUGAUGGGAACUACUACGGCACUCCUAAGCCGGCGCUGGAGCCUGCUGGGGAGCAAGAGGCUGAGUACGGUGGCCUGUUUGAGGAGGACUUUGGGGAGGGCCAGCGUCGGAGGACGGCGUCGGUCAGCAGGAUAGAGCGCAGCAGCUCUGCCCCUGAGGAGGACGACGACGAUGAGCUGCAACCAGCCGUGCCCAACGGCCUCACAGUGCCGGAGGAUGGCGGUGGGAGCGGCCGGCGACCGGUGCCCAGCUACACACACCCACGCAACGCACUGGAGGUGGAGCCCAGCCUGGAGCCGCUGCCGGGCAACUGGGAAAUGGCCUACACCGAGACGGGCAUGGUCUACUUCAUCGAUCACAACACCAAGACAACGACCUGGCUUGAUCCCCGACAGGCCAAGAAAGCCAAACCUCCCGAGAAGUGUGAGGAUGGAGAGCUGCCGUAUGGAUGGGAACGGAUAGAGGAUCCGCAGUAUGGAGUCUACUAUGUGGAUCACAUCAAUCAGAGGACUCAGUUUGAAAACCCGGUGGUGGAGGCCAAGAAGAAGCUGGCCCAGGAAGUGGCCGCAGCCGGACAACCCAGCCAGAACCCAGCGGAGUGUGUGUGUGGGGGUGGUGGGUUCACGCGGGACCCCGGGGCUCUGCGGGGGACUCUGCUGCGGGCCGGCCUGAGGAAGAGCGCCGGGGGCUUCGGCUUCACCAUCAUCGGCGGCGACCGGCCCGACGAGUUCCUCCAGGUCAAGAACGUCCUCAACGACGGCCCGGCCCAGUACAGCGACAUAGCACCUGGUGAUGUGAUCGUGGAGGUGGACGGCCGCUGCGUCCUGGGCAAGACCCACGCUGAGGUGGUCCAGCUCUUCCAGGCCGUGCCCGUGGGUCAGCAGACUGACCUGCUGCUCUGCCGUGGCUACCCGCUGCCCGACGACUCUGCCUCCAGCCAGGACGGCACGGCCAGCGUCGGCGGAGGGGUCAUCGGCGAGGCCAUCCCCAUUCUCCUGCCCACCGUGGACGGGCAGAUGCUGCCAGCCGACGUGCUGGUGUCCCCGGUGGAUGGCAUAGAGAGCACGCUGCUCCAGCCGCAGCUAGUGGAGGUGCCGCUGCAGAAGGGGCCCGGCGGGUUUGGCUUCGCCAUCGCCGACAGCCCGCUGGGCCAGAAGGUCAAGAUGAUCCUGGACGCGCAGAGCUGCCGUGGCCUGCUGAAGGGCGACGUCAUCAAGGAGAUCAACCGCCGCAACGUGCAGACGCUCAGCCACACGCAGGUGGUGGACCUGCUCAAGGAGCUGCCCAUAGGGGGCGCCGCCACGCUGCUGGUGCUCCGCGGAGGUCACACGUCUCCUGUGAAGUCUCUCAAGCCGAGUGCCAUGGCCUCACACCACAAGCAUGAGAAACAGGAGAAGCUAGAGAAGCAGGAUAGGAGCCCCAGUCCAGAGGUCAUGACCCCCACGGAGCCAACACCACCACCCCCACAGUCCCUCCCCUUCCCCCCUAACUUGAUUCGCUCUGCCUCUCCUAAGCUGGACCCCUCCCAGCUCUACCUCAAGUCCAAAGCCAUGCUGGAGAAUAAGCCUCCAAACACAAAGGAACUGGACGUGUUUAUCAAGCGGGACCAGGAGUCAGGCUUUGGCUUCCGGGUCCUAGGAGGAGAGGGACCGGAGCAGCCCGUGUACAUCGGUGCGAUCGUGCCCCUGGGGGCAGCGGAGCGGGACGGCCGUCUACGGGCUGGGGACGAGCUCAUCUGCAUCGAUGGCGCGCCUGUCACCGGCUGCUCGCACAAGCAGGUGUUAGACCUCAUGACCAACGCCGCCCGCAACGGCCAGGUCAUGCUGACCGUGCGCCGCAAACUCACCUACCUGGAUGGGACUGAGGAUGAGGCUGGCCAGGCUCUGUCCAGCGCUGUCCUGCCCCACAUGGCAGCCCAGGCCUACAACGUCACCCUGCAGCGCAAGGACAACGAGGGCUUCGGCUUUGUCAUCCUCACCUCAAAGAGCAAACCUCCACCUGGAGUGAUCCCUCAUAAGAUUGGCCGUAUCAUUGAGGGCAGUCCAACUGACCGCUGUGGUCAGCUGAAGGUGGGAGAUCGUAUCUCAGCUGUCAAUGGCCAGUCCAUCAUGGAGCUCUCGCACAAUGAUAUCGUCCUGCUCAUCAAGGAGGCAGGAACAGUCGUCACCCUGACAGUGGUGCCCGAAGAAGAACACAAUGGUCCAGUAUCGGGUACCAGCUCAGCAAAGGAGAGUCCAGCAGCACAACACAAAGCUAUGGGCCAGCAACCAGCCAGAGACGACAGAAAUGGAGAGGACAUGUCCUUGGUCGGAACCUUGGACGGCUCUGCACAGGGCUGUUUCCCUGUGGAGCUGCGGCGGGGUCCACGGGGCUUUGGCUUCAGCCUGAGAGGAGGUCAGGAGUACAACAUGGGCCUCUACAUACUGCGCCUGGCUGAGGAUGGACCUGCCCUCAGAGAUGGACGUAUACACGUGGGAGAUCAGAUUGUGGAGAUUAAUGGGGAGCCCACUCAGGGCAUCACUCAUACUCGUGCCAUUGAGCUCAUCCAAGCAGGCGGCUCCAGAGUCCUGCUACUGCUGCGGCCAGGCCUGGGCCUCGUACCCGACUCCAGUGUGAGAGAGAUCGUGGCCCCCUCAUCCUCUGACCUCCAGCGCAACCCAGCCAGCAGUGACCCCAAUGAGCAUGCCGCCGCCUCUUCCCCCCACGCCACCGCCGACGAUCCCCUGGCGACGCACCCCGACCACCCGGUCAACGCCAACGCCGAGUCCGGCCUCCGCGUCUCCCCCGAGCGCUCCGGGCGAGGUGGGGAGCGCUCGCGCAGCCCCCGCAAGAAAGACCGGACCACGUCCAGCUCCAGUGCCGUCGCCGCGGCACCGGUGCCGGGGGGGACAGGGGACCGGAGGGGUCCGGCCCAGCGCUCCACCAGCCCCCGGAAAAGCUCCUCUCGGCGGGAGCAGGAGGCGCAGAGGCCAGAGGAGGUGGCGAGGGAUAGGAGGCGCAGGGGAGACGAGAAGCCCGACCACAGGCACGACCGAGAGACCGGUGAGGUCCAGCCGACGGACGCCACCAAGGGAACCAGCGAGAGGCGCCGCAGGGACAAGGCAGGCCAGACGCAGACACACAAGGAGCCGGCCGGCCUUGACUCCGAUGGCGGCGGCACGCUCGGCCGAAAGACUCACCGAGACCGGGAGGCCAACAAAGAGAGGGAGAGGGAGAGAGAGGGAGGAAGGGACGGAGAGAGGAGAGAGAGGGAGGGCAAAGGAAGGGAGGGUAGGGACGGCAAGCCCAGAGCAGGAGCGGAGACCGAGGAGAGCCGGAGAGAGGCCAGGGGCUCCAACAGUAGCCUUGCGACGGAUCCCUCGGGCCGGGAUAGGAAAGCCCCGAUCACCCCUGGGCCCUGGAAGGUACCCAGCUCCUCCAGGAUCCAGUCCCAGGUAGACGGACUCUAAAGCACGACCCUCUAGAGGCUGCCACAGAGGUGGACUUCGAGCAGUGGAGGAUCUGGGGUCACUUAGUCAGUUGGACCUCUAGGCUGUGUCCAGCUGAUCAGGACGUUGCGGUUCGGCCAGGCGUGGGCUUGACACUGCCACCCACAUGAAGGAUUUCUUGUGCCAAACCCACACUCACACCAGAAGGACACUUGUACUGCUCUCCUUAUGACUCUCUCUUUCUGGGAAGGAAAAAACAAAAACACUAACUCUUCUCUCGGGACUCUGGCGAACGGCUCACCCCAGUCCUGACAAAUGAAGGAAGUUGGGCUCUCACUGCGGUGCGGGUCUGUUACUCACAACCAGGACUGUCUUUCCUCGGCUCCCAACCAGAGGUGGCCAAACCCCCAUGACCUACCACAUAUAGACCACUUCUCCGCUUCAGCUCCGGAGACAGUCUCCAGACUCCUCCAGGCUGACGCCAACCUAACUAUCUCUGAAGACCAGACACUUGUGCUCAAGCAUUAUUGUUUACUUACGUGUGUUUAUGAAAGAAAUGUGUAAUUUAUGGAAGUAAUAUAACAAAUGUAAUAUAUCGCUCUAUCUCCCUAUCUCUUUCUCUCUCUCUCUCUCUCUGUCUCUCUCUCUAUAUAUAUAUAUAUAUAUAUAUAUAUAUAUAUAUAUAUAUAUAGAGAGAGAGACAGAGAGAGAGAGAUAUAUAUAUAUAUAUAUAAAUCUAUAUUCCUGUCCAUAGCCUACUGAGCCAUGACACACAAUGCUUUAAAUGCCCUGGAGCUCCGACCAGAGCCUCUUCCUUCCUUCAGGUUUACUCCGAGUGCUGGCCUCUGGGGCUGCGCACCCAACGUGUUCCACUGGCUUGCAGGUCUGACUGACCAGAGGAGUGUAGCUUUAUUUGUAUGUUGACUACAUUUGUACCACUGGGGGUGGGGAAGGGGGCUUUACGUGUUCUCUGGACGUUGACACAAGGAAUUGACUGUCAAAAUAAAAGUGUGGUUGCAUCAAUCAUGGGGUCGGUGGAAAGGGUUUGUCAUGUUUUGAGAUUAUUAUUUUUUUCUGUUUAAUCCAGUCAGGUUUGUGUGUGUGUGUGUGUGUGUGUGUGUGUGUGUGUGUGUGUGUGUGUGCGCGCGCGCAUGUGCUUCAUGAUUUUUAAUUGUGCAUGUUUAGGUGUAUUGCACAUUUGCUUUUAGUCUUUAGCCAGCAUUAGUUUCGAAUAUAGGAUGCUGUGAAAUUGAUUCGCAAUUUAUUCAGUCACGUGUUAGUCAUGUCUGAAGUUGCCUGUAACCACGUGUCUGGAGUGCGCUUUGGAGGGGCAUGUUGGUGAGGGACGGGCGUUCCUCAUGGGUUAUGCAUGUGAAUGCAGCUUCAGGUUUCUCCUUCAAACAAGCAACACAACACUGAUACAGUGUAUAGCAUAACUGACCUGACAUGACAGGUGUUCAUGAUGUUCAUCAUGCUCUAUGCCAGCUAUCAAAAUUCUACAGUAUUUUCAACAUGUCUGACUAAUAUGCUAGCAUAAUAACCAUUCCCAAGAAGUGUCUCUCCCUUGUUGGAGCAACAAUCACAUCUCUAUAGUACACCCAAGCCCCUAGGCUGCCCUCUGCUGCUCAGCAGUAAUACUGCAUGUCAAUUUGACAAACGAUGGUUCCUGAGAGGAGAGGCGUGCCUCAAGUUAAGGGGGCAACUUAUAUCACUGGAAUUAGACAUUCCCUCUAGGUUUAUAACAGUACCAAAGGUUGCGCAAUGGUUCCCGCUCAUUAGGGGAGAAACGGACAGAAAUUACACGGGAACCUGAAGCUAUUUUUCUUACAUAGGCUAUCAAGACGAAGGCUACUCGCUGUCUACAUUGUAUAUUCAGUCCGGUGAACUCUUGACUCGAUUAUUCCUGUGACUUUACAGUGCAGCCUGCCUACUCAUCCUGUUGUGUUGCUGCAGUGUAUUUUCAGUGCCGUCUCAUGGUAGGCGUGUGUGUGGGUGUGUGUUUAUACUGUGGCCUUGCAUCGCUUUGACGGAUAAACCUGCCUCUCCGUCUCUACAUGACGCGGUGGUUGUAAAUGUUCAUUGAAGUGUACAGCACCUGUAUGAAUACUGGCCUUCACUCAGUAAAAGACUAUAGGCUAAUGUGUACAUAAGUCGCUCCAUUAUUUUUGUAAAUUAUAAGGAAGAUGAUUUAUCUACUUUAGUGAGAGUGAUAUACUGAUGUGUAAACUAGUGUCCAUGACAUCAUGCUGAUGCUGAAAUAAAGUUUUA